AUGGGAGCUUACGUUCCUGAUGGACGCGAUCUUGCAGCAUGGCUUGCCGAUGGUCCGAGGAGGGCAAAAGCGGCUUCUGAGGAAGAAGCAAGUCCAAAGGGCGGCUCAACAUCAAGGAGCGAAUCACCAACGGCCUCGUCUACGAUGCCUGCAAGGUCGCGCCUCCCGCUCGAGCUCAUUCUACAGAUCGCCCAAUACCUCGUCGAGCCCCUACCUCAUGCUCUACCUUUCGCAUCGUCCCACGACGUUCCCGUCGCGUCUUCAUCAUCUUCAAUACCGUCACCGACCGCCAUCUCCUCCCACUCGGCCCUGCUUCCCCCAGGCUACAACAUUGAUCGCCCCUCCUACCUGGCUGUCCUGCAUCUCUCCUCGCUUUCCCUCUCACUGCGUCGUCUCCUUGCCCCUUUGGUCUGGCAGCAAGUCUUGAUCAACCGCAGCGAUAGGUUGGGGAAGCUGCGUAGCCUGGUGGUGGACUACUACCAACGACUUGCCUCCUCCUUUAGCGAUGUAGACAGGCUCCUCUACCCCCUGCCACUUGUCCGUGUGCUCCGUAUCGAGAUGCCGGAUCGCUACCUCUCGUUCGACCAAGAGAUCCUCCGCCAUCUUCUGCGCUCGGGACUGAACGCAAGUACGGGUGGCCUGCACACCUUGGUAUGGGAUGCCGAGAUGCUCCCUUCUCCUGCCAUAUGGAAGUUACUGGGUGAAGGGGAGAAGAUGCUAGGAUUAGAGGCUGAGCUACAGCAGCGCAAGUGCCGGACGUUGGACAGGGAUCAGAUUCGCGCACUCGCGAACAGUGGUAGAGGCGAGGGGAUGUUCUACAAUCCAGAUCACCCGAGGAUACGCACGGCCAGGAGACGGAGUGGCAGCCGUGGAAGCAGCAACAGUGAUACGACGAGCAGUGAUGGGGCAAGUAAGGUAGGCGACAUUGAGGUGGAUGACAUGACUUUCGAGUCGCUCAGCUUGGCCAGCGCUGGACAGCAACGCAACAGCCGACCACCACGCCCCUGUGCGAACCACCAGCAGCAGAUGAGCGCCUUACAACGCCGCUCCCCUUCACGGCCUCCUCUUCCACGCGGUCUGCACUCCGUCUCCAUAAACUGCAAAGUCUUCUGGUCCCUUCACUCCGAAAUGUCGCGCCUCCGUUCCCUACAGCAUCUGCACCUCACCUCCUUCGACAGCCACCUGCUCCCGCCCCAUCUCCCUGGGCUCCUGAUCUCCCUGCAUCGGCCAUUGCGGUCUAUCUCCUUGUCGUCCAGCAAGACUUCCCUCUUGCAUGAUUGGGAUCUGAUACGGCGUGGUGUGCUGAGCAGAUUGGAGUGGAUGGAUGUUUAUCCCGUCACGCCGGAGUGGCCAUUGGUCCAAGGGCUGAGGAGCGCCGCGAGGUCAUUGCGGGGCUUGAGAUUGAUCCUGGACGUCAGUGGGAGCUUCGGCAACUUCGACCGACUCUGGCGUGACCUGGUCACGGGUGAUGACUUCGACAGAUACGGCGAGGAUGGCCAAGGCGAGAUCAGUCAAGCCCCAAGGCGCCUGGGCGACAGCAGCGGCGGCGGCGGCGACGAUGACGUUGGAGACGACGAGGAUAUCACCAUUGAUGAGAGUGAGGCAACCCUUGCAGCUCCCACGUCGCAGCCUCCGCACGAUCGUGCUACGAUCUUCUCGCGCCUCGAAUGGCUCGUAGUCGACCCCUUUCCACAACAAAACACGGCGCCUUCCUUUGUCGCCUUUCUUGAGACCUGCUGUCCCUCGUUGAAGUGGCUCAAUGGCAGAAGGAUAGACCAGGUGCCCAAAGGCCUGGAGAUGUGGGACUUUGAUCCGCAAAGGAUUUCAGGGGCGUUUCCUUACUAA